ACCAGCAAGCUCUGGAAAUGCAGACCUGCACACAGAUGUCGGGAGCCACCAGGGACAGUGGCAUUCAGGGCCCUGGGAGAUACAGCGUGCUUCCAAAUCCCCAGCUGCUGUACGAGAUCCGGUGUCACCUAGAACACUGUCUUUAGCUCGGCCAAUUGGGAUUCCAUGUUUUAAAGUCUAAAACAAUAAUAAAAACGACCAGGUAACAAACGUUCAAAAUCAUUUGAGCAGCUAUGAUAAGUCCUCUAGUUUUUGCUAUUGAUAACAGUUGUCUUGCUCUACUCAGAGUGGUCUAGCUCCUUGAAUCCCCUUGCAAACCUCCCAUUCGGGCUCAUUUCCCCCUGUUGCCAUAAAGAUUUCUGGAGACUCUGACGAGCCCCCGGGUGAAGUCUAGAGCCUCGACGUCUGUAGAUUCCACCCCGCCUUCCAGGCUGGCAUCCUUUCUGGGGAAACAAGCCGGGUCCUGCUGAUGGGACACCUUCUUGGCCAGCCCGUGCAGGGGCUUCAUGACCACGUUUCCUUUUCUAAGCUCAUUCCUACCCUCAACCCCUGCUGCAUCGCCACAGCCCCGAGCCCACCCUUCAGCCCUGUGGAUGAAGCUGGGCUCACCGACUAAACCGAGGGCUCCCUGACGUCGGCCCCCAGGUCUUCUCCUCUGAGCCUCUUUCAUUUGAGGGUGCUCUCUCCACUGUGGGCUCAGAGGAGGAAACGGUAAAGAAUAUUGACCUGCCGGGGCAAGAAGUGCCUGUGGCCGUCACCUCUCUGGACCUUUGCUAUUAGGACAGGCACACAGGCAGACUUAAAGACGGAGCGGAAGGGAGUGGGGUGCUCAGCCCCUCCCUGUUGGGGACAUGGGGGCCCGCUCCAGGGCCGGGGCUGAGUUAUGCAUGGUGUCCUACAAUCCUGUGAAUAUUUAGCUGGUUCUGUCCCCUUUGCUGGCGUCUGCCUGUGUAAACAGGCAUGAGGGUAGGGGAGGCAGAAGCUGUGGCAGCAGCAGCAGCAGCAGGGGACAGUGGGGAGGGAAGAGGCCCGAGGCUUCAGCGAGGACCACCUGACUGAGGGAGCCACCUGUGAGGCCUGCCAUGGACAGCAGGGCGUGGGCUGCCUACAUCCUCUGCUUGCUGAGUCCAUUACCAAUUGUAUUGGGCCACGUGCACCCAGAGUGCGACUUCAUCACCCAGUUGAGAAAGGAUGAGAGGUUGUGUCUACAAGCAGCAGAAGGGGUGCCCAACACCACUCUGGGCUGCCCUAGGACCUGGGAUGGACUGCUGUGCUGGCCAAUGGUAGGCUCUGGCGAGUGGGUGACUCUCCCCUGCCCAGAUUUCUUCUCUCACUUCAGCUCAGAGCCAGGGGCUGUGAAGCGGGAUUGCACUAUCACUGGCUGGUCCGAGCCCUUCCCACCUUACCCUGUGGCCUGCCCUGUGCCCCUAGAGCUGCUGACUGAGGAGAAAUCCUACUUCUCCACAGUGAAGAUCAUCUAUACCCUGGGCCAUAGCAUCUCGGCCGUGACCCUCUUCGUGGCCAUCGCCAUCCUGCUGGCUCUCAGGAGGCUCCACUGUCCCCGGAACUACAUUCACACCCAGCUGUUUGCCACUUUUAUCCUCAAGGCGGGAGCCGUGUUCCUGAAGGACGCCACCCUGUUCCACAGCGAGAACACGGAUCACUGCAGCUUCUCCACUGUUCUGUGCAAGGUCUCCGUGGCCACCGCCCAUUUUGCCACCAUGACCAACUUCAGCUGGCUGUUGGUGGAAGCUGUGUACCUGACCUGCCUCCUAGCCUCCAAGUCGCCCAGCACAAGGAGGGCCUUCUGGUGGCUGGUUCUCGCUGGCUGGGGGCUCCCCCUGCUCUUCACUGGCAUGUGGGUGUGUUGCAAGGUGGCCUUUGAGGAUGUUGCGUGCUGGGACCUGGAUGACAGCUCCCCUUACUGGUGGAUCAUCAAGGGGCCCAUUGUCCUCUCUGUUGGGGUGAACUUUGGGCUUUUCCUCAAUAUUAUCCGCAUCCUGCUGAGGAAACUGGAGCCAGCUCAGGGCAGCCUCCACCCCCAGUCUCAGUACCGGCGUCUCUCUAAGUCAACGCUUCUCCUCAUCCCGCUGUUUGGAAUUCACUAUGUCAUCUUCAACUUUCUGCCCGACAGUGCCGGCCUGGGCAUCCGCCUCCCCCUGGAAUUAGGACUGGGCUCUUUCCAGGGCUUCAUCGUUGCCAUCCUGUAUUGCUUCCUCAACCAAGAGGUGAGGACUGAGAUCUCACGGAGGUGGCAUGGCCAUGAUCCUGAGCUGCUGCCAGCCCGGAGGGCCUUCACCAAGUGGACGAUGCCUUCCCACUCUGGGGUGAAGGUGUUGACAUCUGUAUGCUAGGCUGGCCACAUCACGUGACUGGGGUCCACACCUGAACUCGGGCAGCUACAAUAGCCCCCCCUCCCUCUGUAGAAGCAAGAGAGACCAGUGCCCCCGAGAGCCCUUGGGCCAUGUCCCCACCCCAGCUGCUGCCCAGCCCUGGGCAGGGGUAACCCUCUUACCUUGUCCUACACCUGACCCCAGGUCCCUGUGUUUCUACCUCUGACCUCCUUGGUUCCUCCGUCCCCAUUCUCCUCCGAUUCCUUCUGCUAGAGUCUGGGCCAUAACCCAUGGCCAGAGGAGCCAAUAAACUUGUAAAUGGACAGA